AAGUGUUAAACACCCCAGGUUCAAAACCUUUUAAAUUCAGUUUUACUUGUUUAUAUUUCCAGAUGACAUAGAUAUUUAAUUCUCAUUAGAAUUAAUCAGAUCUGUUUGCCACCAAUGGACAAACCUUUAUGGAAUUAAUCGGGGUCCGUCGAAUACGCCUUGAUUAUUAAAAAGAGUUGUUUUUGACAGAGAACCAACAAAUAGUUAAAGUAAGAGUUGUAGUCGGUGAAACAUGUAAGAACCUAAUUGUUGGAUCCGUAGCACUAAAUUAUCAAUAACGUCAAAGUUCCAACAAUUUCAUUCAUUUUGUAAUCUCAUAGUUAUUACUUUUAAGACAUACGAUAAGAACGAUAUGGUUCAAUGUUUCAAAAGGACAUCGGUAAACUAUUUAUUUUACGAAUCACGAAUUUCAUUCUUAGCAAAAAAAAAAAAAUCACGAAUUUCAUAUAUUGAUUCAAAUUUCCAUGAGAUUAAUAUCCUUAAAAAAAAUGAAAUAUCAGGUUUUUUAAGAUCUGGAGGUACCCGAACACGGAGGUACCGAACACGAAGACCCGAUUAAUUUUUUGGAGUGGGCCCACCAACGAUAGACAAGUUCGAUUAUUUUACGUGGAAAUUGGAUAUCCAAAUUAUCUGGCCACACAUUUUGCUACCCCGCCGUACUGCUAGAGACCCUGACAAGAUGACAUCCGUUUGGUUGAAAUAUAAGACCAUGUGCAUGGCAGAGUUCUUAAAGGGAUUUUUAGGCAUGUACCCCGCAAAAAGGAGAAAGACUGGUAAGAAAAACUAUGAGGUAAGAAUCAACUUUUUUUGAGCUUUUGUGAUUUUGGCGGAUUCCACUGAUAAGUAGUGGUCCGCAAUUGAUUAUUUUUUUAUUUUUAUUUUUAUUUUUAUUUUUUUGAAGAAAAAAUAAAAAAUAAAAAAUUUGAAAUUUCAAGUGGGAUUCCAGCGAUACACAUGCUCUAAGGUUCAUAUGACUAAGAUGCGGAUACCAAGUCAUAUUUUUUUUUUUGUAACUGAGAUACCAAGUCAUAUUUAAUAUAAGAAAAUAGAGAACAUAAGAAACAAAAAGAGGAAUCAUCACCAAAUCGUACCAAAUUAUUUCAAAAGUUUAUUUGUUUUUCUUUUGGCUAGCAUGAUCUCCCUUCUGUAAGAAAAGAAGAACCCUUUUACGUACCUACUUCAGUGUCUAUCAUUUUCCUUUUAUCUUGACCAAACAAUUGUUUUGGCUCUACAUAUCUAUUUUUUUACCCAUCAUAAAGGUAUUAUUUAGAGUUUUAUAAAGUUUUAUAAUAUGCGCAUAAAAAGAAUAUGACACCUUUAGUGUUUUUAUUGAUUUAUGAUAGGUCAUCCAACAGGAUAGAUGGAAAUUAAAAAUUAAUUUUGGGCCAUGAUCUGAUUGGAAUUAAGCACUAAGAGCCUUUUUGACAUUUUUAUGUAUAUGUAAUUUGAACAUUGGCUUCCUCUUACAUUAGUAUUAUUCAUAUAGUUUUUUGCGUCGUAGUUUUUUUUCUCUCACUCGAGUCGUGAAAGUAGCUUUUCCAUGUGUGAACAGAAUAUGCGUACAAUAUAUGCACAUAUUUAUAUGGUAUAUCCAAUCUAAAGGUGAAUAAUAUAUGGAUUUCAUAACUCACCAAGUAAAUCCAUAUAUAAAUGUAAUCUAGCAUUAUAUAAUAUGGUAGGUCUAUUUAGUGAAAUAGCAACUUAUAUAGUAAACAUUUGUCGCUAUGUGUCAUAUUUUAGCCAUUUGUAAGCUAACUGAGGAAUCAGUAUCCAAUCAAAUCUAAUAAUUAUGUAUUGUAUAAAUUAUAUCGUGUAUUUGGUACGUAUAUCUAUGUGUUAAUAUGAAGCUGAGCUCCCGCCUCCCGGAUACCAUAAAACAUGGGCAUAUAUAUCAUGAAAAGUUGAUAAUCGAGUGUUAGAAAAUGUGUGCAUCCACGUCUAGUUAUUAGUGCUACUCAUGUGCCUUUACACAAAUAUCAUUCUUCUUUUGCAUAAACAUAAUAAGGGAACUUUUGAGGGCUGCAUUGGCAACACAUCAAAUAGAGUAGAACAAUAAUAUAUCAACGAUGACAUAUGGAAUAGUAAAAUGACAUAUGUAUUUCAAUUGAAACCUAUGUUUUGUUCCUUCUCAUCUUAAAAGUAUAAAAUUUUGCAAAACUUAAUGUAAUUCGCAAUUAUUUACGUUUUAACAUGCAUAAUACAAACCUCCUACCAUUGUGUCGACCUCAUCAAGAUAGAUUAUAAAAUUAAAUACAUGGAAAAAGUUAAAGGAAAAAAAGUUGGAAAAUUUUGGACUGUGCAUGUGAAUCAAACAUAUAUGAGAAAAUUUCAACUUGGAGUUGUCCCACGGUUGUACUGUGAUAAACUUAAACUAAUUAUAAUAUACUAUGCCUUUUUGGAACAGUAAUAUACCAUGCCUAUAUAAUAAUAAACAGACCAAACCUCUACAUCGCACGCUUCCUUCAAACAUUUGGCUUCUGUAGCUCUCAUAUAACUCUACACAUAUCCAAUACAUAUCCUUCAAAAAUCAUUUUACUCACCUGAAGAAUAAAACUUCUUUAUUUGUAGUUUCAUUUUCUUGAGGGUGCAACGGGGGAAAAUGGGAAGAGCACCAUGUUGUGAGAAAAUGGGGAUGAAGAGAGGACCAUGGACUCCUGAAGAAGAUCAAAUCUUGAUCAAUUACAUUCAUCUCUAUGGUCACUCUAAUUGGCGAGCUCUUCCCAAACACGCUGGUUUACUCAGAUGUGGAAAAAGUUGUAGACUUCGUUGGAUCAAUUAUAUGAGGCCAUACAUUAAACGUGGCAAUUUCACUCCUCAAGAAGAACAAACUAUCAUCAAUCUACAUGAAGUCCUGGGCAACAGAUGGUCUGCGAUUGCUGCAAAACUGCCAGGACGAACCGACAAUGAAAUAAAAAAUGUUUGGCACACUCAUUUGAAGAAAAGACUCAACAAAAAUCAAAACAAUGGCGGAGACAACAAAAACAUUAACGGAACUAACAAGACCACACACAAAGACAAAGAAUCUGUGAUUGUCGACACAACCUCUCUACAACAGUUUUCUAAUAAUAUUACAACAUUUGAGAUUUCAAACAGUAACAAGGACAAUAUGAUGUCGUACGAGGAUGUUUCUGCAUUGGUUGAUGAGAGUUUUUGGCCGGACGUGGUAUCGGUAGAUAACUCGAGUAAUAAUAAUGAGAAAAAGAUAGAAGAUUGGGAAGGGUUGCUAGAUAUGAAUAAUAAGAGAUUUAGUUAUGAUAAUCCGAAGCUUUGUAGCGACGAUAUGGAGUUUUGGUAUGAUAAGCUUCUCAAUAGUAGUCGUAGCAUUGAGGAAUUUUCUGACAUAACCCAGUUCUUAUUUUGAUUUUAUGUUGUUUUAAUCGUUAAGAUUUGAAAAAAGUCUUUUUGUAAACCAGAUGAAUAAAUUUAAAAGUUGUUUUUGUUUUCUACGUUUUUGAGUGACCUAUAUCGUGUUUGCAUGU